AUGUCCUUCCCCACCAAACCCAUCCAAAAGAUCCCUGCACACACUGCCCAGAUUCAGACGGUGUGCUACAAUUCCGAUGGAUCCUAUUGCAUGACUGGCUCUGCCGACCGCCUCGUCAAGCUGUGGAAUCCACUCACCGGACUCUGCAUCAAAACCUUCAAGGGACAUGGAUACGAAGUCCUGGAUGUUGCCAUCUCAUCCGACGACCUCAAGUUCACUUCCGGCGGUAUGGACAAGACCGUUUUCCUAUGGGAUAUCCCGACCGGAAACAUCAUCCGGAAAUACGUCGGCCACACACACCGUAUUAACGCCGUCUGUUUCAACAACGAUAACUCGGUUAUCGUUUCGGGAUCCUACGACGCAACCGUCAGGAUCUGGGACACCAGAUCCCAUGGCCGUUUUCCGAUCCAACAGCUAGAGGAGGCCAAGGACGACGUAACUUCGGUCGAUGUUGCCGGCACGGAGAUACUUGUUGGGUCUGUCGAUGGAAAAGUGCGGCUCUACGAUAUCCGCAUGGGUCAACUUACGACGGACGACGUUGGACAUCCGGUCACGUCAGCACGGUUUUCGAACGAUAAGGCCUGUCUACUCGUCAGCAGCCUGGACGAAACUGUUCGCCUCUUUGACAAGGACAACGGCGGGUUACUUUGCGACUAUCGCUCGCACAAAAACACCGUCUACCGCCUCACCUCGACCCUCAGCAACAACGACGCUUACUGCAUCAGCGGCAGCGAGGACGGCAAGAUUUUCAUCUGGGAUCUCGUCGAAGGCAACGUUCUGCAGACACUCAGCGACCAUUCAAGAACUGUGCUGUGCGUGGCAUACCACCCAAAGAUGCAUUCCAUGGUCUCGACCUCGGCGGACGGGCAGCUCAUAUCCUGGGGAGACGCCGCGAUGGCGAAGCAGAUAUAG